GGACACAAUAACCUCAUGGCUAAACAUUUAACUCCAAGGAUCUACUCCAAACUUCGUGAUAAAUCUACAAAAUCUGGAUUCACGUUAGAUCAAGCAAUCCAGACUGGAGUGGAUAACCCAGGACAUCCGUUUAUUUCCACUGUUGGUAUUGUCGCCGGAGAUGAAGAGAGUUAUGAAGUAUUCUCUGAUCUGUUUGAUCCAAUUAUUGAAGAAAGACACAAUGGCUUUAAGAAAACUGAUAAACACAAGACAGAUUUGGAUUAUCAAAGGCUAAAAGGAGGAGUCCUGGAUGAUAAAUACGUGUUAUCUUCGCGCGUGCGCACUGGACGUUCAAUUCGUGGAUUUUCUUUACCACCGCAUUGUUCACGUGGAGAACGACGGGAAGUUGAGAGAAUUGUGAAUGAUGCGCUGGAGGGACUAAAAGGUGAACUAUCUGGACGUUACUACCCAUUAAAUGGCAUGACCGAGGCAGAUCAAAACCAACUUAUUGAAGAUCAUUUCUUGUUUGAUAAGCCCGUUUCUCCGCUGCUGACAUGCGCAGGAAUGGCGCGCGAUUGGCCUGAUGCAAGAGGAAUAUUCCACAACAAACAUAAGAACUUCCUCGUCUGGAUCAACGAAGAAGAUCACACUCGUAUAAUUUCGAUGGAAAAAGGAGGAAACAUGAAAAAGGUUUUCCAACGUUUCUGUGAAGGAUUGAAUGAAGUUGAACGUUUAAUCAAGAAAGAGGGUUACGAGUAUAUGUGGACAUCUCAUUUGGGAUAUGUGUUGACAUGUCCUAGCAAUCUUGGAACAGGACUGAGAGCUGGAGUUCAUGUCAAAUUACCAAAUCUGUCCAAGGAUAAACGCUUCGAUCAAAUUUUGGAGAAUCUGAAGUUGCAAAAACGUGGGACAGGUGGUGUUGAUACAGCAGCAGUAGGUUCAACCUUUGAUAUCUCGAACUCGGACCGUCUUGGAUUCUCUGAAGUUGAACUGGUUCAGCUGGUUGUCGAUGGCGUCAAUCAUCUCAUUAAAAUUGAAAAGAGAUUGGAAAAAAACCAAAAGAUUGAUGACCUCAUUCCUUGUUUGUAAGAACUCAAAUUUUAUCAAAGAAAGAAUAAUUUGUGACAUUCCCAGGAUAUUUUUGAUAAUCGGAUGAACGUAAG